AUGGCCGCCGUUGUCGUAUCAGGGGCUCCGGACGAGAAAGUCGAUAUCAAAUCGUCUCCUACUAGAACUGGGUCGGAGAGUGUAUCCAUCAACGAAGCCGUCCUUGAGAGCCAGGAAGUCUUCAAGAGAACUGAGGAUGGCGUUGACUUCCGUAAUGUUAGUUGGCCCUUUGCCGCAGUUAUCUUCCUGAAGACUAUCUUCGCAACAGUCCCGUCGGCUAUGUAUACUUUAGGGGCUCUCGGCGGCGCUUUGUCAGUUGUAGGAUGGUCUUGCAUGAAUACUUACACGGCCGUCAUACAAGGAGACUUCAAGACGCGGCAUCCUGAAUGUCAUACUUUAGCCGACAUGGGCUACAAAGUCGGCGGUGUCUGGCUCAAGGAGCUUAUUGGCGCAUUGUACCUGAUCGCAUUUGUUCUGUGUGCUGGGACGGGGAUCAUUGGACUGUCGACAGCUUUUAACGCACUUUCAGACCAUGCGGCCUGUACUGUUUGGUGGGCAUUCUUGUCGACCGUUAUCAUCACAAUUGCCGCCUCGAUCCGGACUUUGCGCAAUAUCGGCUGGCUAACCUGGGCGGGUUUCCUCUCAAUCUUUCUUGCUGUAUUCAUCGUUGUCAUCGGUGUUACGACAGUCGAUCGACCAGCAGCGGCACCGCAAUCAGGCCCGUUCGACCUAGGCUAUCACGUUAUCGCAUACCCAGCCUUCGCAGAAGGGAUGACAGCCACGACUACGAUAUUCGUUUCGAGCGCGGGUACAUCCGCUUUCCUGCCGGUCAUAUCCGAAAUGCGGAACCCACGAGACUAUAAGAAAGCUCUGUACAUAUGUAUGGGCCUAGUGCUCUGUAUGUAUCUUUCAUUCUCUUUAGUCGUGUAUCGGUGGACCGGUCAGUGGGUUGCGAAUCCGUCGUUGGGGAGUGCUGGUGGAACCAUAAAGAAAGUUUCUUAUGGAAUCGGUUUGGUCGGUUUGGCUGUAAGCGGGUGCGUGUACCAGCAUGUGGCCGCUAAAUACCUAUUCGUCCGAAUCCUGCGGAAUACUAGACAUCUACAAUCGAAUACCGCUAUUCAUUGGGUAACAUGGCUCGGCUGCUCCAUUGGCCUCGGUGCUGUCGCUUUCGUCCUCGCCGAAUCGAUAGCGAUAUUCAACUACCUACUCUCCUUAGUAGGUUCGAUCUGUUUCGCUCCGAUGGCCAUCUCAAUCCCGGGGGUAUUGUGGUUGUUCGAUUUCUCGUAUUAUCGUACCGGAAGUCUUUGGCAGAGAUUACAAUACUUUUUCCACUGGUUCCUCAUUGUCUUGGGUUUAUUCAUCACUGUUGGUGGAACGUACUCAACCAUCCUUGCAAUCAAGGAUGCGUACGCAACUGGUCUUAUAGGUUCAGCGUUUAGCUGUGCAGAUAACUCUAAUAGCGGCCACUGA